UUUUUAUAUUUGUAUCUACGGUCCAAUAUAUUUAAUAAUUCAACAAAAAGCUGUUUAUUGUUUGUUUUAUAAGUUUUUGGAUAUUGUCGACUAUCCGUCCAUACAAGCUAAUUGGAGAUAUUUAAUUACAAUCAUAAUGGGAUUAUUAAAACCAGGGAUCAAAUCUCGGUUGGAGUCAGUUACACAGAUGAUUAAAACCUCGUAUCACAUCGCCUUCAUUCCAUUCGUCAUAUAUAUGGGUUUUAAAAAAGGGCCAGAAGUUGGUGGUCCAACAUUCGGACUUUUAAGUCUUCUCUGGCAGUAGCUCACAAUAUAUUCUUUGGUAUCAAGUAACAGUUAUGGAAUGUUUUAGAAUAAGUAUGGUUUAAACAUUUUUUUUUUUUUUUUUUUUAUCUAAAUUAAAUAAUUGCAGUAGUAAGUCAUGAAAUAAAAUUGUAUUCCAAUAUUAUUUAUGUGUUAUUAUUUAUUUGUUCGUAAUACACCCUUGAUUGAAGAUUAUUAAGUCCUUUAAAUGUAUAAUAAAGACUUACAUAGCCAUAUAAGUCUAUGAACCAGACUUUUCAAAAAGUUGUUAUCAUUCAUCAAACAGCAUGCAUACAUUGCAUUACAUUACCACGAAACCAUGUUCUGAAAUAUUUAUAUUUUGCAAUAAAACAUAAUAAUGUAUUAAUAUUCA